AUGAGCGACUCCGAAGACGAGCGCCAGCAAGAAAACGAGGCCCCGGAGCCAUCCCCGUCGAACCGAAACUACUGCUACAGCCUCGAAUGCGCCGUGCGAAUCGAAUCGACCUCUUCCGGCCUUCGACGAGGAGCUGUGCAGUCGAAGAGUGCUAUUGUGACGGUUGGAAGGAAUGCAGAGAGAAAAAUUGUCCUGCAAAUCGAGAUCCGGGCGAAUGCGCGCGGGGCGCCGGCCGUGUCCAGCUACGAGCUGAAGGACUGCGUGGUACACGAGAAGACGGUUGCCCAAGGCAAAGGCGGCAUCGAAAUCCCGGCCAGGCACCUCUCGAUACACCUGAGCAACUGCGCCCCCCGGAAGCUGAACGUGUUCCUGAAGUCGCUGGCCGCCAAGAUCCAGCUGAUGGCCGCCGAGCGACAGGGACCGACGACGCCGAUCGCCGUGCAUAGGCAACGCCUAUUGACCGGCGGGCUGCCCGACAUCUUCACCAAGUUGAGCCCGUUGACGGUGGGAGAGAUACGAAAAGUUAGGAGCAUGCGCGGGAUCGAGUCGCCAUUGGCACGGAAGCGACCAGCGCCCUCUGAUUCGGCCACGACUCCGAGCCGUACGCCCAAACGACCAUCCCUAGCGCCGAGCCGCUCGUCUCCCAGAUUUCGUCGAUCGGAGGGAGCGACGCCGUCAAGACCGAAAAUCGCGGCAGUGAACCCGGCCGCGGCGCUGGACCGCGUCGUGCUGUCCGCCGAGCAGAAGAUGGUCGUCCGGAAAGUCGUGGAGGGCCGGAAGUCCGUCUUUUUCACCGGAAGCGCCGGAACCGGAAAGUCGCUAGUGCUGCGCCGGAUUAUCGAGAUGUUGCCGGCUGCGACGACCGUGGUGACGGCGGCUACAGGAGUAGCAGCUUGCCAACUCGGCGGUACGACGCUACACUCGUUCGCCGGCUUCGGAGUGGGCGGCAUUCCGAAGGAGGACUGUUUGCGGAUUGUCGAAAAUAAAAAGCAAGCCCUCCAAGCCUGGAAGCAAAUCACGCAUCUCGUCAUCGACGAGAUCUCGAUGGUAGACGCCGACUACUUCACCUGCUUGGAAUAUGUCGCCCGAAAAAUACGCUGUCCCAACGACCGUCCUUUGGUGUUUGGCGGAAUCCAGCUGGUGAUCACCGGCGAUUUUCUGCAGCUACCCCCAGUGGUACCAAGAGGACAAGAGCCGAAAUUUUGCUUCGAGAGCCCCGCCUGGAACGUGGCCGUACAAACGACAAUCCUGCUCAAGCAGGUCCGGCGCCAGGACGAUGCGGCAUUUGUGAGGGUCCUGAAUGAAAUUCGAGUCGGCAGAUGCCCAGCCUGGGUCUCCCACACGAUGCGCGAGACCCGAAAAACCGUACUGCCGGCCACGGUGACCGCUACGCGCCUAUGUACGCACUCCGCCGACGCCGAGGCCAUCAACCGGGCGAGCCUCCAGAAUUUGAAUGGCCCGGAGAAGACGUUCCACGCCGAGGACUCGGAGCAGUUCACGGAGAGCUCGACGGGGCUCGUGUCGAAGCGGUUGAUUUUGAAGCAAAAUGCGCAGGUGAUGCUCACGAAAAACCUCGACCUCGCGCGCGGCCUGUCCAACGGAGCACGAGGCGUCGUCACCGGAUUCGCGGGCAAUGGCUUCCCGCUCGUGCGCUUUUUGGCUGGUGAUGGGGAGCCGAUCGAGAUACGUCCCGUCCGCUUCCAGCUCCGCUCUUCCAACAACGCCGAUCUACCAGCCAUCCGCCGCCAGCUGCCCCUCCAACUCGCCUGGGCCAUCUCCAUCCACAAAAGCCAGGGGCUGACGCUCGACGCCGUGGAGGUCGACUUGCAAAAGGUCUUUGCCGAGGGCCAAGCCUACGUCGCCUUAUCUCGAGCUCGAUCUCUUCCGGCCCUGAAGGUCACCGGAUUUGACGGCGAAUGCGUGAGGGCGAGUAAAAAGGUUGUCGACUACUACGAGAGCCUCGAAAAUGCCAACGACGCCGAAGAUGAGGAAAUCUUCCCUGUGCGCCCGAUCGCUGCGGGACCCAAGCGAACACGAUUGUCAUUU